AUGGAGAGMCCUACCACUCCGCCAGCCCCGGCGGUGCAACAAGGCCAGCUUCCGCGUGGCCCUAUCACGCCAGAACAACAGCGCCGAAUAGAAAUCAACCGAAUGAAAGCCAAAGCCAUACGUGAGCAACGCGAAGCCGAAUCUGCUGCAGCAGCAGGCCAGUCAACGAACGCUUCCAAAGUAUCCGGCGUAAAGCGAUCCUUCAACACGAUGACAUCAACCCAGGGACCUUCCACACUUCGCGAUGCAGCCAACAACCGACCUCUCGAAAGCAUCAAACCCGCGCGGGCAUUCUCCAAAUAUGUCGAAUACGAGUUUAGUAAGAUGACCGAUACAAAGGGUGGUUUCCUGACGCAGGAGGAUGAUCCACAUAACAAAGUACUGCACGUAAGUGAUGGCAAGGAGCAGAAGCCGGCGAAUAUGACGCAGAAGGAAUGGGAGCGGAAACUGCUCUUGGACGAUUUGAGGAGGAACAAGGCUGGUCCUUUCGAGCCAGGGUUGAGUGUGCUUGAUGAACAGGCUAGUCAACGGGCGUGCAGAGAGUGUGGUAGCCUAGAGAUUGAUUGGAAGUGGGAGGAGGCGUUCAAGUGUUGCGUGUGCAACACUUGCAAAGACAAAUUUCCAGAAAAGUAUAGCAUGUUGACAAAGACUGAAGCAAGGGAGGAUUACCUUUUGACGGAUCCGGAACUUAAAGACGAGGAGCUUCUCCCGCAUCUCAAAAAGCCCAACCCUCACAAAUCCACCUGGAACGACAUGAUGCUCUACCUACGCUUCCAAGUCGAGGAGUACGCAUUCUCACCUAAAAAAUGGGGCUCACCGGAGGCUCUCGACGCAGAGUUUGAGAGACGCGAAGCAGAAAAGAAACGCAGGAGAGAAGUCAAAUUCAAGCAAAAGCUGACUGACUUGAAAAAGCGAACUCGAGUCGAGGCUUAUCGCCGUAAUCGGCAGGGACCUGCUGGUGGUAAUUUUGGUGAUGACCUCGGUGGGAAGAAGAAGCAUGUGCAUGAAUGGGGUCGACAGGUAGAAAAUCCGGAGACGGGGAUGACUGUGAAGACUUGCUUUGAAUGUGGUAUGGAGGUUGAGGAAUUAGAGCUGUAA